GGGGUGCGGAGUGUGGCACCGCAGGCCUCGGGGCGGAGCCGGAAGUGGGGCGCUGAGAUCCCCACCUCUGCGUUCCGGGAGGCCGCCGUUCCCCCGAAUCUGUUCCCGGUCCCCUUCGAGUCACAGCCUGAACCCAGGAGACCGGAGCCUUCAGCCUGGGCGGGGCGGCGCGGACCGGAAGGACGCCAUCCCGGCCUCGGCCAUGGAGACUCCCGCGCUGUCCCUAACAGAGGAGGACCUGACUGAAGUGAAGAAGGACGCUUUAGAAAAUUUACGUGUUUACCUGUGUGAGAAAAUCAUAGCUGAGAGACAUUUUGAUCAUCUACGAGCAAAAAAAAUACUCAGUAGAGAAGACACGGAAGAAAUUUCUUGCCGAACUUCAAGUAGGAAAAGAGCUGGGAAGUUGUUAGACUACUUACAGGAAAACCCCAAGGGACUGGACACCCUCGUGGAAUCCAUUCGCAGGGAGAAAACACAGAACUUUCUGAUUCAGAAGAUAACGGAUGAAGUACUAAAGCUUCGUAAUAUAAAACUGGAGCAUCUCAGAGGCUUGCAGUGCAGCAGCUGUGAGCCCUUUGCAGCAGCCACCAACAACCUUUCCAGGUCCAAUUCAGAUGAGAGUAAUUUCUCAGAAAAGCAGAGAGCGUCCAUGGUCACAUACCACCCGGAAGGAGAAUCUAGCACCGCUCCCUUUUUCUCCACUGAGUCUUCUCUGAAUUUGCCAGUCCUGGAAGUUGGCAGAACUGAAAGCAGCAGCUUCUCCUCGGGCACUCUUCCUCGACCUGGGGACCCCGGGGCCCCUGCUUUGCCCCCAGAUCUGCAGUUGGAAGGAGGAACUUGUGGAAACUCGAGCGAGAUGUUUCUGCCCUUACGGUCACGUGCUCUCUCACGCCAGUGACCUUCACUGCAAAGUUUCUCAGUGUUGAAACAUGUUGUGAACGAUAGAAUCUUUUUAUAAAGCCCCUGUAACAGUACACUCACGCUUCACAUGUGUCCUAAAUCACAGUGUGCACAUCUCUGUAAAUAGGAUUUGUUAGAGUAAAGGAGCACACUACGGGUAGCUGGGCAUAAAUCAUGGAUGUGUGCUUCUCUGUAUUGACCCUUUUCUCUUUUAGAUGUUUAGUGUUUUGAACUUUUUAUAAGACUAACUUUAUCAACAUAUUUCUCAAUUUGAGAAAUCAACUCAUGGCUGAGAAUAAUGUUUCUUAGCACAUUUAUGCUACAAAUUUUCAGUUUGAUAUUUUUCCCAAUGGUCUGGCCGUACAUCUCAGCAGUACAAUCUUCUGACUCGUAGAAAAGCCAGGCACUAAGGAGAGUCUCCCACUCCUUGGUUCCGAGAAGCCUUCGAGUUCUAAAGGAGCACCUGAUGGCAUUGAGUCUCCUGUGACCUCAGUGAUCACAGUUCAUUUUGUACUGCUCUUGCCAGCCAACUAAGUGCCUUUGGACUUCAGCCUUUGCGUCCUCAUUCUUAGCUCUGGAGAAAAUCUUCCUGGCUGGGCUGUGGGUGCACGCCUUUAAUCCUAAAGGCGGAGCUCUUGAGUUCAAGGCCAGCCUGGUCUACAGAGUGAGUUCCAGGACAGCCAGGGCUACACAGAAAAAAAUAGUUACUUGUAACUAAUUAAUAGUACUUAUAAUUGGUUAAAAAUACUUCCUCUGAGCCUCUCAUUCUUUUUCGAUGAACACUGCUAUAUGGAUAAAGUAACUAGAAAAUUGUUUUUGGAAUAUGUGACAAUUUUGUGUUUAAUAUUUUCAUCAAGCAGCCACUGGCUACAGCUGUGUUUUUAUUGUAUUACAAAGUUUGACUAACUUUACACAUUUAAAAAAAUGCUGAUUAUUUUCAUUUAAAUUAUAAAUACAUAUUUUCUGACAUCCACCUUCUAUAUAUUUCUAUUAUUUAAAAUGUAAGAAAUGAAAAGUUGCUAUUAACAAUAAAAAAUUUUAAGAUAGUAAUGUUUCUGAGUAAAAAACUCAAAAUGUCUGAUUUUUGAAUGUCUAACCCUUUUUAUAUAUACUGGUUUUUAAAAUAGAAAACAGUAUUUCAAAGCCAAUAUGCCUAUGAUUCUACCACUUGGGAACUAGAAGCAGAAACAUAUUGAGUUUGAGGUUACACAGUGAGUUCAAGGAAGAGGAGCUAUAAAUUGAGAGGAUGCCUUGACUCAGCAGUAGGCUAUACUUUGUUACUAAGCUAAUGGAUACAGUAGUAAAAGUUACUUUUUAGGAAUACCAUAUUAACACAGUAUAAAAAUCAUACUUCCCCGUUCACUUUUUAAAUUGCUUUUUGUUAAAAGCAUGCUGUUUGUGCAGUUGUAGGUUUAACAGAAAAAUUGAGCAAAAUAAUUAUUAAAUCCUAUUCCUCCCUGUUCCCCAUACUUACAUUGAUGUGGUAACUUGUUUCAGCUAGUAGGCAAUAUUGAACAUUGUUAUUAACUAAAGUCCAUAUCUGGGUCCUCCCUUGGUUGUCUGAGUUGUAAGUUUUUAGGAAUAUGUUAUAUAUCUACCUCCAAAAUGUCCUAGCCAAGUAGUUUAUUUUCACUACUUUAAAAAAAUCUUUCCUGGAGCUGGAGAGAUGGCUCAGAGGUUAAGAGCACUGACUGCACUUCCAAAGGACCUGAGUUCAAUUCCCAGCAACCACAUGGUGGCUCACAACCAUCUGUAAUGAAAUAUG